UUUGCCGUUUCAAGAGUCUUCUCUUUUCCACUGCAAAACUCCUUUCUUCUUCCCUUUGUUACAUCUCCCUUUCAUUUUUUAUUUUUCUCUUUUAUCUGUCAAUGAAUAUGACUUUGUAACAGUUGUAUAACCGCGUCUGCGUCAGUCAGGAAAUGAAGGCAUGACUAACAAGUGCGUUAUUUAUCACCGGACACCGUGAACGGCUUCACUUGUUUUACCUUUAACGCUUCCGUCUCCUUACCUCCUUCGUCGGUCGGGAUGAUUUAUGCAGAUAUUGCUUCUCUGUUUCUUAGUUCCACUCAUCUAAGGGCAGGUUCAGUUGCUUCUGCUUCUCUAGAGAUUUAUUUUUGCAGGAACUCAGAUAGGGAAAAUGGAAGAGGUAGCCGGAAUUUUCCUCCCAUUGGCAACAACUCAACCAGAAGCUUUGAGGGACCACAUAAUAUUGAAGUUAAUGUUGAUGGUGAGGGCUCUAAUUACAGAGAUGGGUUUGGAGAAAACGAGACCGUAAUCCAUAAUGUCAACUUGAAUGAAGAGUUUAACCAUAACGAGACUAUAGAGAUGAGCGGGAAGGAAACAGAUAAGGGGCUGGCAAAGCUUUGUGCUAGAGGCCACUGGAGGCCUGCGGAAGAUACCAAGCUCAAGGAACUUGUAGCGCUUUAUGGUCCCCAAAACUGGAACCUUAUAGCCGAGAAGUUAGAAGGUAGAUCGGGCAAAAGCUGUAGGUUGAGGUGGUUUAACCAGUUGGAUCCAAGGAUCAACAGAAGUGCUUUUACUGAAGAAGAAGAAGAAAGGUUAAUGCAAGCUCAUAGACUUUAUGGCAACAAAUGGGCCAUGAUAGCCAGGCUCUUUCCUGGAAGAACUGAUAACGCAGUCAAGAACCAUUGGCAUGUUAUAAUGGCUAGGAAGUAUAGAAAACAAUCCAGUGCGUAUAGAAGGCGGAAGCUGAGCCAGUCUGUCUACAAAAGAAUGGAGCAUAUCCAGGGGAUAAUAUGCAGAGGUACAGCCGCCAGAACUGAACUGCAACCAUAUUGUUUUAGUGUCCCCAAUGGCGGAUUCAGCAACAUCUCUCCCUUCUCUUAUGGAACUUAUAAUGGUGGUGGUGGCGGGGUUAAUUUUAGCGUCAACGGUUCACCCCAGAUGACCAGUGGGCAACAAACAACCUUAAGUAACAAGGAACCUUACAGUGAGUUUUGUUGACAGCUGACGCCUGGUGAUUUCUUCCCUGCUGUGGACCUUAUGAUCCCUCGCAAUUUUAACUUUUUUUUUUUUCUCUAAGUUUCUGCUGCAGUUAGUGCAUCUGGGUUUUUGUGUAGCUUCUUAUUGGUUUUCUUUACUUAUAUAAUAGGACGCCUACCUCAUUUUUUAAUCUUUAUAUCCUGG